AUGCCUCGCUCAAAGAGGAUCAGCAAGAGAAAGGCCACGAGAAAGGGUGACUCGCGACAGAAAGGUCGGAAUUCAGCAUCAAGCACGUCCCCCGCGAACGAGAAAUUGGGGAAGUUCGUGAUCGGUAUCGACAUGGGAACCACGCAGAGUGCCAUUGCGAUUGGUCAGCUGUUUUAUCCAGUCGAUGGAAAAGCUCAGCCUCCUUGUAAUAUCAGGCUUCACAGUGAUUCAGCUGGAUCGUACCAAGAAGGGGCGCACCGGCGACUCUACCCAUCCACCUUCUUGUAUUACGACGAAGACGGCACCCCUAUCACUGGCCAUGGAUUGGACAGGGUUUUCGAUAACCCGGAUCCGUCAAGCUACGAACCAGCUCGUCUUUUUCGGCUAUGGAAGUUGAUGUUCCACAGCCAUAACGAUGACCCACAGAUCCUGAAAAUUCAAACCAAGAUUCAGGAGCAGCUGGACGGGCUAGGAAAGACACGCGAUGAUCUGAUCCGGGAUUGGGCAACGUUUAUUCUCGAAGAUCUGGGUAUCGUCGGCAGUAAGAGCCAUUCGUAUUUGAGAGGACAGUAUGCAAACUUUGAUCGAUUCGACAUCGAGGUGGUGGUUGCUGUGCCGCCAGGCCGUACGACCAUUGCCCAUGCCGAAGUCCUGAGGGCAUUCAUACAAUCACCUCUCACAUGUACCUCUGUGUCGUUGGAAUCGGAGCCAGCGGCUAUGUUCCGCUCCUGGCUUGAAGGAGAGAAUCCAGAAGAUUGGGAAGUCGGCCGGACAUAUUUGAUAGCGGAUGGGGGAGGGGGCACAUGUUGUUUUGUUCGCUUCCGACUGGAUAGUCUCCACCCACUCGAAUUCACCCAAGAAUUUGCCAGCGAAAGUGUGUGUUGCGGAGCAGAGACUGUCUCAGAGUCAAUGUACGCUUUGCUGGAUGCUAGACACCCCGACUGCGCCAACAGAACUUGGGAACUCAACAACAUGAGGAACCACUUCGAUAGGACGUACAAAAACUAUGUUGGAUCGAACAAAUUCAAGGUAGCGUUCAAGAUUAGCCAUCUCCCAGAUGAAUACCUUCGAUUUGACAGUGACGAAGUAGAAGGCUGCUUCAAGCGCCCGGCGGAAAGCAUCGUGCUUGGAAUUCAGCGGCAAUGCGAAAAAGGAGGGCAGGUUGAUUACCUCGUUCUUGGUGGCGGGCUCUUCCAAAACCCGUACGUAUUGAACAUCGUAACGAAAGAGUUCCCGAACCUGACGAUCCGGGAAACUCUCAAGGACAAGGGCCUGGUCGCUAAAGGGUGUGUUUUGUCCCGGAUGAAUACUAAUGUGACGACGAACUGCACUGUUGGUAGCACCAAAGCCAUAGAGACAUGGUUGGUCGUGUCACCGAAAAUCCGUGACUCAGAUGCGUACCAGUUCUUAUUUACCGAGGUCUCGUCUUUCGACGGCAAGGAGUACAUCCUCGCUGCCGAAUAUAUCGUCAAGAAGGGAGAUUCAACUGCGGCUGUGAAGAAGCUUGUACCGGAGCCGGACGUCAAGACGUCCCGGAUGAGAGAACUCGGUCUGGACACUCCAAGGGAUUUAGUGUGUUGCGACCGCGUAUUGACGUUCGGCCACCAACCAGGAAAGGAUGAUACCUGGGCCGCACUGUGUAAAGAUGGGAGUUCGGUACUCAGGGAUGGACCAAAAGGCCAAUCAAGACUGAAGCGACCAAAUGCAAUAACUCGUUCUGCCGCGAGUGCAGAAAGUAGAAUUCUGGCUAAGGUUGUAUGGCAAUCUGGCGAUAUCAAGUGGCACCCAUUCCUUCCAAACCCAAACCGCCAGAAGAACGACAGAUUGUUGUCCAUCAAAGAUCUGGACGAGAGAAGGCCACGAAACGGUACGGCCCACAAGGCCCUCCAGUAUGGUCUCGGCCUUCAGGUGAAUGAAGUAGAUACGAGGGUCGGCAUCAGUAUCUUCGAGCCCAGCAAACGAAAGAGAAAUAGCCACCGCAAAUACGCACGCCAGAUUGAACCAACUUCCAUUGAUUUCUUUUUUGGUCCGCAGAUAUCCCUUAAUCUUGCGGAGAGCUUCCGACUUAAGCCAGGAGGUGGCGAACAGAAUGUCUUAAAUGAUGUGACACAGGAUACGGAAUUGGAAGAGGAUGAUGAUGACGCUGACAUGGAAAGGGAAGGGCUUGGGCCUUCGUCUGGCGGAGCUGCUGAAGCCGUCAUGGCCGAUAGAAAUUCUCCGGACCCAGGCACCGCUUGGGCUCCGAUAAAUGACAAGAGGCAGCAGAGGCAUACCGGUCCCAAUCUUGAGGUUGGCGGUAUCGACCAUACAGCUCAAGUAGCCUGGCGGGAGCCACCUGUGACUGCUCCUCCAUCGCUGCCGCCCUCUUCUUCAGAAGUUUCUCGAGAUGUAGGCGGCAAAUCAGCCGCGGCAGGCGCAUUUGGUGGUUUACGCGCAGGUUUCGCGCUCCGAGGAACGAAGCGCAAGUCGGCCAGAUUCAAACGUCAGAUGCUACCUGCUCCAGGGAUGACAUCUUGGGGCGAGGCUGAAGAAGCCAGCAGCAAUCUUGGGUAG